AUGCCGCUCGAUGAGCACUCAAUCGCGGGUAUGGACGGUGACAGUAGCGGUAGACGGCGGAGAGCUUGGCUCGGCUCGACGCUUUCGCCGCAUCCGGCCCUCGGGAGCUCGUGCGCGGCCAGGAGCCUGGCGGCGGCAGCGGUAGGGGGUAGAAAGAUCACGCAUCCCGGGAAGGCCAUCCUAGCAGGUGGGAUUGCAGGCGGGAUCGAGAUUUGCAUCACCUUCCCGACAGAGUACGUGAAGACUCAGCUACAGUUGGACGAGCGAGCCAACCCGCCGCGCUAUCGGGGCAUCGGUGACUGUGUUAAGCUGACCGUGCAGGAUCACGGUCUUCGAGGCCUGUACCGAGGGCUCAGUUCGCUGCUCUACGGAUCCAUCCCUAAGUCGGCUGUCAGAUUCGGCACCUUCGAAAUUCUCAGCAACCCCAUGCGUGACGCCACGGGUCGGCUGGAUAACACACGCAGCCUUUUGUGUGGCUUGGGGGCCGGCAUCACAGAGGCCAUCGUCAUAGUAUGCCCCAUGGAGACACUCAAGGUGAAGUUGAUCCACGACCAAUGCUCGAUGAGGCCCCGGUACCGUGGCUUCUUCCACGGUGUCAGCGAGAUCAUCAGGGAGCAAGGUGUCAGGGGGACCUAUCAAGGCCUGACGGCCACCGUGCUCAAGCAGGGAACCAAUCAGGCUAUCCGGUUUUAUGUGAUGAACGCGCUACGCAAUUGGUACAAAGGGGAUGAUCCUAGAAAGGAAAUGCACCCAAUUGUCACAGCUAUGUUUGGAGCCACGGCUGGAGCCGCUAGCGUUUUUGGCAACACACCACUAGAUGUGGUCAAGACCAGGAUGCAGGGUCUAGAUGCACAUCGCUACAAAAAUACUGUAGACUGCGCCUUCCAGAUCCUCAAGCAGGAAGGACCGCAAGCGUUCUAUAAGGGAACAGUUCCCAGGCUGGGACGCGUGUGCUUGGACGUGGCCAUCGUUUUUGUCAUCUACGAGGAGGUGGUUAAGCUGCUUAACAAUGUUUGGAAGACCCAGUAG